AUGGACAUUCAAACGAGACGGCAUAGAACGGUGCAGAUUCAGGAUCAAGAAAAUGCAUAUGUUACCAAAAAGAUAAAUUUGGUUAUUCCAAACAAACGACAAAGUUUAACUGCGAGAGGAGCACUCGGGGAUAUUAAUACAAAUGUAGAAAUCCAACGUGGAAUAAACGUCGGAAAGGUUACAGGUGCGGCUGCCGAGUGUGAUAAAAAGCCGAUAGUUAAACGUGGACCUCUGCGAACUUAUAACCAUGUACAGUCUAAAGUGGACACAGGCUUGGCUAGUAAACCUAUUAUUCAGCCUUCUUCAAGGCCUCCGUUGAGAAGAGAGGAGAGUACUGCCGGAUUAGCCGCUCGGGCAGUGCGCUCAAAGGCUGGAUUAAAGGACUGUCAAAAUGAUUUGAAAGAGACAGCGACCACUAUCCUUCAAGGAAAAAAAAUCAUAGAAACUAAAAAAGCAACUAAGUUACCGACACUUAAAGAGAAUGCAAAAGAAACUAAAAGUAUACUAAAACCUAUUCUUAAAGAUCCCAUUGAAUCAUUAUGCAAACUAAAAUUAGUUGAAGAAACAAAAUCAAAAAAGAUAAAUAUUUUAGAGACAGAAAAAAUACUUUUACCACAUGACAUUGAAGAUAUUGAUGCUAAUGACAAGAAUAGUCCAUUGCUUAUGUCCAUUUAUAUUAAAGACAUUUAUAAAUAUUUGACUGAACUUGAAAAGAAGUAUCCAAUUGAAUCAGAUCAUUUAAAAAACCAGACUGUGAUCACUGGCAAGAUGAGAGCUACUCUAAUUGAUUGGUUGGUUGAAGUGCAGAGACAGUUCUCGUUAGUUCUUGAAACCUUCCAUUUAACUGUUGGCAUUAUUGAUCGCUAUUUACAGGCUGUGCCAAAUGUGCAAAGGAAUCAAUUACAGCUUGUUGGAGUAACAGCAAUGUUCAUAGCAAGCAAGUAUGAGGAGAUUUAUGCUCCAGAUGUGGGAGACUUUGUUUAUGUAACAGACAAUGCUUACACUAAGUCUGAUGUCUUCCAAUGUGAGAGAGAUAUCAUGUCCAAGCUUGGAUUUUGUCUAGCACGGCCCAUUCCCUUAAGUUUCUUAAGAAGGUUUGUAAAAGCAGCUCAUGGAACCUCCAAGAAUCAUCACCUUGCCAAGUAUUUUGUUGAUCUCAGUCUUAUUGAAUAUUCAAUGGCACACUAUCGUCCUUCUGAACUAGCAGCUGCUGCAUUAUGUCUGUCCUUGUAUCUUCUCUCCACUAAGAAAUUAACUGAUGUUUGGACUCCCACAUUGUCUUACUACUCUGGGUAUAAACUUAAACACAUUGAACCUAUUAUACAAAAAAAUUGCAAAAAUUGUUAUCAAUGUUGA